CAAAGCGCAUAUUUCAUACUUCAUUGGAUGCCAGUGUACGACGUCACACAGACUAACAAGGAAAUCAUUGUGGAUCAUAUUCUGUUUUAUCCGUUGCAUUGUUUCACUGCUUUCACUGAUACCUGAGAAAACCAUGAGUGAACUUCCGAUUAACCCCUUGGUUUUGAUUGGCGUCGGAUCCAGUUUCGCUUUCUCUGGAUUGUUUUAUAAUUUAUACCAGGCCAAGAAAGAAGAACUGCGAAAGCUAAAUGAAAUACCCAUUUUCAAACCAGAUCAACAUUUGUUUAAAUUACUAAAGUCAGCUACACGGAAACGAUUCCAAUACAUUGCUGUAGAAGGUCUGGUCCAGCCAGAUGGGGAGCCACUGGCUAGCAAGUUUGUUCCUCGAAGCUUCGGGGUUGUCCAGAAGAUAUCAGAAGAGGAGCACUGGGAGUACUGGAACUCUCUGUCUAAAACCUGGAACUCGCGGAAAACCAACCGGACACAGACCAACCACACGGUCCCCUUCAGCCUGGUGGCGCCAGGGGGCUACACCUCCCCCGGCGGCCACGACGACGAGGUCUACGUGAAGGUGCAGAACCCCCUGGAGGCCACAGGCCUGGACCUGGACCGGGUCCACUACCGCGUGCGUCGCGCCGCGGAGGGGGGCUUGUCCGGCGCGGUCCUCCAGGGUCUGAGCGGCGAGAGGGCGGUGGCCAAGGAGGAGAGCGAGGAGAUGCUGCGGGUCGGCGCCACCGUCACGGGCUUCGGGGAGCUGGUUCUGGAGGCUGACGCGGGGGUGGGGGCGGGGGUGAUGAGGCUGCAGGCGCCACAGGACGGCCGUCCGUACAUCUUGGUCGCCACGGACUACAAGAGCUACUUGGCGCGGCACGAGAGCUCCGCCUCCAUGUGGAAGACGCUGGCGGUGGCGUGCGGCGCCGUCGGGACCACCGUUUUGGCGGGAACUCUCUACAACCUCCUCAAGAAACACGACGAUAAAUAGACCGUGAUAUUGUUAUUAAUGAUCUACUCUUCUUGGGAUUCGGCAGGCAGCCACACCUCUGCUGGUUGUUGAUAUGAGUGGGAUGAGGAGGGCUGUUCAGUUAAGACGUGCCUAUUGUGAGUAGCCAAUUACACGUUUAUUUAAUCAGGGGUUAGUCAGGUGUAUUUUAUCCAGUUUAUGUCUUUAAUCAAUAAGUGAGUCUUGGUGAGAAUGGCCUUGUCUGAGGUCAAUCGGUAGAGCAAGGGAGUAACACGGCCAGGGGAAGGGGUUUGACUGCCAUUCUUAACAUCCACACUGUUGUGAGGCUUUGGAUAAAAGCGUCCACCAAAUCACUGAGAAUGUCGAGUACUGUAUUCAUUCCUUACCUCAUACCUUAUUCCCAUAACUAAAUCACUAGGAUCGCAGAUCUGGAGCAUGUGUCUGAUUGCAUAGUUCUUCUCAAUGAUGUCCUCUGAUAUAGUACAGUAUAUCUUUAUACUAAUCAACAUACUUUAUCAAGAGAUACAUUUAUCCAUUGAUAAACUUCACUAUGGAAGAAUAUAACAUUGUGAUGGUAUAUAUUUCUGAUAGAUAUGGUUAAACUAUUGUGUAUCCCGUAAGAGUGUUAAAUCCAAACAUUACGAAGGGUUGCUUGAAUUUAAAGGGAAUUCCAUGAUUAAAGAAAAACUUGACAUGAAAACGUC